AUGGAUCCUGUUAUAACUGGUGCUGCUGCCAAUGUUGCUUCGGAGGCUGCGAAAGGCAUCUUCCAUGAAGUUAAGCGUCAUAUGAGAUAUGUAUUCAUCCACAAGAAAAAUGUUGAUAAGUUCGAGGAGAAAUUAAAGUCGUUGAUAGCAAAAAGAGCAAGUGUUCAGCAAGAGGUUGAUGCUGCAAACAGGAAUGGGGAGAAGAUAAAAGCCGACGUUGAGCAUUGGCGAAAGACAGUGGACAAGGUAAUCGAUGAAGAGGACAAGAGGGUGAAAGAUCUUGAAGAAAAAGCAAAGAACAAGUGCUUCAUCGGCUUGUGUCCCAAUAUCAAGUCUCGCUACCAGCUUAGCAGGAAAGCAGAAGAUGGUGCCGCGGCCGUUGACGAUCUCAUCGGGCAAUGUCAAUUUAAUGGAGUGGGAUACCUAGAUGUUCCAGAAGCUAUAGUGGAUGCAUCUCCUAAUGGCUUUGAGACCUUCAAAUCAAGAGAGAAGGUUUUCAACGAUAUCAUGGAGGCAAUGAAAGAUGCUGCUAUCAGCAUGAUAGGGGUGUACGGAAUGGGUGGUGUGGGCAAAACAUCACUAGUCAAUGAAGUUGCCAGACAAGUCCAAGAGGUUAAGUUGUUUGAUUCGGUGGUUACCAUAACUGUGGCUCAAACUCCUGACAUUCAGAAAAUUCAAGAAAAUAUUGCAGAAUUAUUGGGUUUAAGACUAGAAGAUAAAACUAUAGAUGCAAGAGCUCGUAGAUUGCACGAAAGGUUGAAGAAAGAGAAGAUGGUUCUUGUUGUUUUAGAUGAUAUUUGGAAGAAACUAGAUCUCAGGGAAGUCGGAAUUCCAUUUGGAAACCAACACAAAGGAUGCAAGAUAUUGUUGACGUCAAGAGAUCAAAAUGUUCUCUCCAAUAAGAUGGAUGCUGACAAAACUUUUGCAAUUGAUGAUUUAGACGAUGAAGAAGCUUGGGACUUGUUUAGGAAGAUGGCUGGGGCCGACAGUGUUGAAAGUUCUGAGUUGCGAUCUACCGCAAUUGACGUAGCCAAAAAAUGUGCAAGAUUGCCGUUGGCCAUUGCAACAGUUGCGAGGGCAUUGAGAAAUAAAGGUUUAUUUGUUUGGAAGGAUGCUUUACGGCUACUACAGAAGCCUUCCUCAAGAAACUUCACUGGGAUAUCUGCAGACGUAUAUUCAGCUAUAGAGUUGAGUUACAAUCAUUUAGAAAAUGAAGAACUCAAGCAGGCUUUUCUGCUUUGUAGUCUAGUACAUCGUGAUGCAAGCAUUGAUGACUUGUUGAAAUAUGCCAUUGGUUUGGGUGUAAUUAAAGGUGUUGACACCAGGGAGGAAGCACGAAAUAGCUUGUUAACAAUGGUGAGUAAACUCAAAACCUCUUGCUUGUUGCUUGGUAGUACCAAUAACGAGUACUUUAAUGUGCAUGAUCUUGUUUAUGAUGUUGCCAUGUUAAUCGCUUCUGUGGACAAUUACGUCUUUGCACCAAAGGAGGAGGAUGUUCUGAAAGAUUGGCCUGAUGAAGAGAGAAUGAAAAAGUGCAACAAGAUUCAUUUGGUAUUUCCAAGUAUUAGAGAGGUUCCUGACGAGUUGAAUUGCCCACAGCUUGUUUAUUUACGUGUGUUUAGCGAGGAUUAUUUCCUGAAAAUGCCACUCAACUUCUUAAGGAAAACAACAAGUCUUAAAGUCUUACAUGUGACUAAUAUGCAUGUUUCUUCUCUAUCUUCGUCAAUUUGUCUCCUAAAAUGCCUUCUUACAUUGUGCUUAGAUGGAUGUGAAUUGGGAGAUAUAGCCAUUAUUGGAGAGCUUAAGAAUUUAGAAAUUCUUAGCUUUUCAAAUUCUGAUAUCAGAAUUUUACCUAAAGAAAUUGGACAACUGGUUAAACUAAAGUUAUUAGAUUUAAGUUAUUGUACUAAACUCAAAAUAAUUUCACCAAAUGUCUUAUCAAGUUUGCCCAAAUUAGAAGAAUUAUACAUGACAGGCACUUUUAUUCAAUGGGAAGUAGAGGGACAUGCCAAUCCCCGAAGCAAUGCUAGUCUUGCUGAAUUGAAGAAGUUGACUCGUUUGGCUGCUUUAGAAGUUAAUAUUCUUGAUGUUGAGGCCAUGUCAGGGGGCUUGUUCGUUGAAGAGUUGCAAAAGUUGGAAAGAUACAAGAUUUUCAUAGGAAAUUAUGAUAAGCCAUGGUUUGAUGGAAAUGAGUAUGGGCAUGGGUGUUCAAGGACUCUGGCACUUGACUUAAGUAUAACCACUUAUCAUUUGGAUCAUGGAAUUAAGAUGCUUUUGAAGAAAACUGAAGCUCUAUAUUUAGAUGACAAUCUCUUCCAAGAUGCUUCAAUGAUUAAAUAUAUCUUUAAUGAUAAUGGUGCAGUUGAUAAAAUUGAAUUUUCUCAAUUGAGAUAUUUGAUAUUUAGAAGGCUACCAUAUCUCAUUAGCUUUUGCUCUGAAGACAAAAGCAGCUCUACCUCAUUGCCUCAACAUGAGUUGCCUCUUUUCAGUGAAAAGGUUGCAUUUCUUAGUUUGGAGAACAUUUUUAUUUCCAACUUGAGAAGCAUAAAGAUGAUAUGGCAGAACCAACUCCUUGUGAAUUCAUUUCCCAAACUACAACGAAUGCAAGUUGCAAAUUGUGAUGAUUUAUUGACCAUUUUCCCAACUAAUACGCUGAGAGCAUUUCAAGGACUGCAGACUCUACGAGUUGAGAGAUGUGCUUUGCUAGAAGGAAUAUUUGAAGUGGGAAGGUCAAAUAUGGAAGAAAUAUGUGCUGUCACCCCUCAACUAAGAGAAUUGCAUAUUGAGAAUCUACCAAGCCUCAAGUAUAUUUGGAAAAAUGAUCCCCAAAAAACUUGUAAAUUUGAAAAUUUGCAGGAAGUACAUGUUAGUUGUUGUGAGAAUCUGAAGAAUGUAUUUCCAGCCUCAUUGGCCAGAUCAGAUCUUCCACAACUUAGAGAUCUUCAAAUAGUUGGCUGUGGAGGAAAGGAUAUUGUUUCCAAAAAGCAAGGAUUGGAAACGGCUGUCACUUUGGCUGUCACUUUCGAAUUUGAUCAAGUAUCCUCCCUCACUUAUAUAACCAACUUUUAA